GGCAGUGUAACCUUCAAAAUAAAAACUUAAACACGUGUUCAUCAACAUUACCUUUAUUUUGAAAGUCAGAAGCGGAAGCGCUACGUCGUAUUACGGUCGACUUGGCGCACUCAUUGCUCGACUCCAGUAGAAAAAAAAAUCAUCGAUAAUUGAGAGUUGGUGGAAAAAAACUGGAAAAAGAGUGUUUAUUAAGUGAAAUUAGUUCUGUAAGCGUCGAGUAGGUUUGGAUACACGGUCUUUUCUGUCGAUAAAAUGGGAAACUGCCACACCGUUGGACCAAACGAGGCCCUUGUGGUUUCAGGUGGCUGCUGUGGCUCAGAUCAGAAGACGUAUGUUGUGGGAGGCUGGUCUUGGGCCUGGUGGCUCAUCUCUGACAUCCAGAGAAUGUCUCUGGAGGUUAUGACCAUCCUCUGUCGCUGUGAGAAUAUCGAAACUUCGGAGGGUGUUCCCCUGGAUGUGACAGGGGUGGCUCAGGUGAAGGUGAUGAUAGAAAAUGAGCUGCUGGGUUACGCCUGCGAACAGUUCCUGGGGAAGUCAGUCGUUGAGAUCAAGAGUGUCAUCCUGCAGACCCUCGAAGGUCACCUGCGCGCCAUCCUUGGCACCCUAACCGUUGAGCAGAUUUACCAAGACAGAGACAGAUUUGCCUCUCUGGUGCGAGAGGUGGCAUCACCUGAUGUCGGCCGCAUGGGCAUCGAGAUCCUCAGCUUCACCAUCAAGGAUGUUUAUGAUAAAGUGGAGUACCUGAGCUCACUAGGCAAAGCUCAAACGGCUGCAGUACAGAGGGAUGCAGACAUCGGAGUGGCAGAGGCAGAGAGAGACGCUGGCAUCAGGGAAGCUGAGUGUAAGAGAGAGAUGAUGGAUGUCAAGUUCUUAGCUGACACAAAAAUGGCCGACUCCAAACGAGAGCUGGAAAUGGAGAAAGCCUCCUUUAAUCAAGAAGUGAACACAAAGAAAGCAGAAGCUCAGCUGGCGUAUGAGCUGCAGGCGGCCAAAGAGCAGCAGAAGAUCCGUCUGGAGGAGAUCGAGAUCGAGGUGGUGCAGAGGAAGAAGCAGAUCGUUAUUGAGGAUAAGGAGAUCGACCGCACGGAAAAGGAGCUCGUCGCCACCGUGAAGAGACCUGCCGAGGCCGAAGCUUACAAGAUGCAGCAGAUGGCUGAGGGACGGAAGAUAAAGGCGGUGCUGACGGCGCAGGCAGAGGCCGACAAGAUCCGCCUCAUCGGUGAAGCAGAGGCCUCCUCUAUUGAAGUGGUGGGGAAGGCAGAGGCUGAGAGGAUGAGGCUGAAAGCGGAAGCCUUCCAGAAAUACGGCGAGGCUGCCAAGACCGCUCUGGUCCUGGAGGCUCUGCCCCUGAUUGCCAGUAAGGUGGCUGCACCCCUGUCCAAGACCUCUGAGAUCGUCAUCCUGAGUGGGGAAGGCAGCCGCGUUACCGGAGAGGUGACCCGUCUGUUAGCUGAACUCCCCGUGUCCGUCAACGCCCUCACGGGAGUGGAUCUGACUAAGAUCCCUCUGCUGCAGAAGAUGAUGAGCCCACAGUCUCAAACAGCCAUCUGAUGGAUGAGGCCAGAGUCUGGUCACGCCGAGUCCUCUGACAUCUAUCUGCCUCAAGCAUGAAAAGAAGUUGUCAGCCUUCGGCCCCUUAUGCAACUGCCUUUGACCAGAAACACUUGACACCAACCAAGAGUUUUUGUUUUUUUUGUUGUUUUUUUACAAUAUUUUUAAGAGGUUUUUAAUUUUUUAAAGGAAAAAAAAGCUGGGGCCAUUCUUCUAAAGGACCAGACUAUAUGUAUCCUCUGUUGUUUUUUUAGUUCCUUAGAUCUUUAUCCCACUGCUCGAGUUAGCCAGGAUUAUAUGCUGCAAUGCUGUUCAGCCCUACAAACCAUCCAAAGCAGAGUUGGCUGUCUUUGAGACACAGUUCUGAGUUGAGUGUGGCGGUGUUAAACAUUAUUUUAGAAGGAAAAGCUCCCUAGUCUUCAGUAGUAGGUGCUGGGAAGAGUCCAACACUUUAAGGCCAAAUCUGAAUAUUGUUCUCUUCUCCAGAAGUUUCUGUCUGAAGUUUGGUGUGCACCUCUUCCCUGUCCCGUCUCUUCAACCUCUAACGGUCGUCUAGUGCUCAGAGCCCACUUAGUGAACGUGUAGUAGACUGAGCCCGCUGUGGAAUUUGUAUCUUUUAUUUCCUCAUUGCUUUUAAAACUUGUAUUUCUUAUAGAUUAGUUACCUCAUUGAAUUGAUGAAUUACCAAACCUCUAUUACACUUAAGGGUCACCAGAUCUUCACCCACUGUGAUUGUAAUAUUUGGAUCACUUGUAUGAUAAAUCUUACCUCGCGGUAUACCAUCAUGUUGUACAGUGCCUGUUCACCACUCAAGUGCCCAAACCUCAGGGCCGCGGUUUGGCUUUAACUGGGUUUAUGUCAGAGUAUAUCACUGUGUUAUAGAUGUUUUAACAUUGUUCCCUUUUCCAUGAUAUCUGCUUAUACUAACAACGGGGUUUACUCUUCAUCCAUGUUGCUCGUCUGUACACAUCAGGCAGAUAUAACACGAAGCCAUACUUGGAGAAGACUAGCCUUAAAAGAUAGCCCUGGCUGACUGAACAUUUCUACAUGUCUCAUGUAACACAUGAGAUGUUCAGAGUCUAAUUCAUUUUCUUACUCCUCUCUCUCCUGAGAUGAACUGCGAGUCCUUCUGCUCAGAUGUGGUAACAAGUUCCUCCGACGUCGUUUGAACUUUUGACUAUUCCCGUUUUGUAACUUUAAAGAGUAACUCGCCUCUCCUGCGGGUUGAACGUUGCCACUGUGUUGCUUAUCUGACCUACAUCCAAUCUGUGAUGACCAAGCAGGAAUAUAAUGUGCCAUUCAGUCGGUCCAUUCCUCACUAAGUUGGAAGAUGAGCAGGUCGUAAUCACGCACACGUUGUUUGUGCUCUUCAGUUUGGUAAAUGUAUGUCGAAGUGUUGGACCAAUCUUUUCCUGCUGCAACAUGCAAAUCAAAAAAAAAAAAAAAAUGUCUUUGCUGAUCAGGAUAAUCUAAUUACUACAUGAAGUCUGUUACAAUCAUUCAAGCGCUGAAAGCCAGAUGACAAAUGUCCAAAGUGACGGUUCAGUGUUGCAUCACCUGAGCGCACAGUGUGCAACAAGUUUCAACCUCUAGAGGGCAGGAUCCUCACCGCAGUUCAUAUCCACUUACUCUUCAACCUGAAUGAGCCUUUUGUUGCUGCCUGUACAUUUAACAUUUUGUUCUCAUUGUCACAUUAUUAAACCUGAUUGCUGUUAAAUAUGGCUUCCCUUUUUUUUUUUUUUUUAAACACGUGCUUUGCGUUUAAUCGCAUAGUGAAUUUUCCUGAACCACUUUACAGACUAAGUUUUUUAUUUUUUUUUAUUUUUUUUUAAGUUUAGCUUUUUCUUUUGCCGCAGACAGUUUAGUACAUUUAAAUAAUUUGAUUUCUUUUCUGUGAAUAAACAUGAGGCUUGUGGCUUGUUUGGUCUGAGAACAUUUCAUCUUGUUUCUGUUUUUGAUGUUAAUGUUAAAAUUCCUUUCCAAGUUCAAAUGUGUUUCUGCAACUAUCCCCCUGCUGUAAAUGUUGAAAAUGUAAAAAAGCUGCCUGUUAUGUAAUGUUCUUUACCAUCAUUUGAAAUGGUGAUUAGCAGCAUCUGAUAUCUGAUCAUACUUGCACCAUCCCAUUUUCAAACUACAGUCAGCCAGUUCCACUUCAAAUGAUUGACAGUUAUCUUUAGGCCUUUCUGAUUGCAUUUAGGGCGGGACAUGGAACAGUUGCAGAAUCGUCUGACAGUUUAAAAAGUGGCAACUCCCAAUAUGUUCUUUACAUAUCUGAGUAAAAUGAACUGUGAGUGCUUGUUUCCACACUUGGCUAUGGUUAACGCUUCUAAAUAAAAUUGUUAACCACUUUAAUAUUCUAAUUUGUAAUGCUCCUUUUUAUUAAGGAAAGUAAGUUUUUGUUUCUGUACACCGUGCCUUUGAAGAGGUCAUUCACUUUAUUGUCCCGUUUAUAGACUAUUAAUCUGAAGCACUGAUCGGAUAGUAUUUGAAGAAUUUACUGUAAAACUAUCUUGUAGAAUAUGCAAUAUUAUGCAUAUAUAAUGGUUCAGCUGUAAGUUUUCCUCUUUCUACCUUUUUCUGUUUUAUAUAUUUUACAACAUUCGGUACUGCAAAUGUACAAAGGAACACAUAUGUAUCUAGUUAUACGAUAAAUAGAAAUGUAGCAUUUAACAUCUGCACCUCUUGAUUCAUUAUUAUGGCCAUUAUAUUACGUGCCAUAAAAUAGAAUUGUAUUGUCUAAUCAGCAUAGAGUCAAAUUUCCGUUGCUCCAAGAAGCAUUUUUAGAGGAGAAUGUGGUUAAAGACCAAACACUUAACAGACCUACGCCUUAACUCGUCUUCAUCGGAAACAUGUCCAUCUGUCGUCUGUCAUGGAAGUUAUCUGUACUCUAUUAAAAUGAUAUUGUGGAUUUAUCUUGCGGCUUCUCAUGUUACACUGGCCUUUGGAAAACUGAUCCAGCAUGGCAUUUCAAGCAUGUGUUCAUGAUACUGUGUUACUGUGUUUGCCGCCCUAUAAUAAACGUUAUACCACUUCCUGUUA